CCAAAAACAUGUAGAAUAUUAAAUAUUGUCCAGGCACAUAUUAUCGUUUAAUAGUUUAGUCUUGUUCAAUAUUUCAUAAAUUUUAAAUAAAUUAAUCAAAAUGACGACCGGCACCGGCAGACAGUGGCGUGCGUCACGCCCUCCCAGAAAGAAUGAGCAGAUAUGGUCUCACUAGCCUACUGUUAAAACUGAACAAGUUGGUGCCCCACUCGAGUCAAGCCAACCAAACCUCAAUGUCUCAAAUCAAAACGUUCGUUUUCCUAGACCUGGAGACCACCGGUUUGCCCCAUUUGGAGCACAACAAGACCCGAAUUACCGAAUUAUGUGCCGUGUCGGUCCGAGCGGACCACAUCGAGCUCGGGUGCUUCCCCCGAGUUCAAAAUAAAUUGUCCUUGUGUUUCAACCCUAUGAAGAUGAUUAGUCCCGAAGCCACCUCCCUGACAGGGCUCUCGAACGACUUGUUGGAGUACCAGGCGAGUUUUUCGAGUGACGCAGUGGACGUGAUAAGGAAGUGGUUAGAGAUGAAUCAGAAACCGAUUUGUUUGGUUGCACAUAACGGGAAUCGAUUUGAUUAUCCAAUUCUGAGAGCGGAGGUCGAAAAAACGCGGAAUAAAUUACCAGAGGAUAUUCUCUGUCUUGACUCUCUUAACGCAUUUAGAAGCAUUGAUACGUUAGAGGCAGAGGCGGUGAAACAGCCACCCAAAGGAGAAAUACCGUUUGAGUUUAACGACGGUUAUGAUGAGCUUUUAAGCCAAGCAGUGGACGAGUAUGAAAAGCAAAUGAAACUCACACCUGAACAAGUACAAAAAAUUAACGAAACGACGCCACAAAAACAAAAGAUUUGCUCAACAACUGGAAAUGGGGGCCCUGGCGCUUCAACCAAACGUAAUUUUGGGCACAUUAGGGAAUUCGUUAGUUAUAAAUUGGAAGAUGUUUACAAAAGACUGACUUCUAAAGAACCAAUCAGUGCACAUGAGGCCGAAGGCGAUGUUACGAUGCUAGUCACUUGUGCGGCGGUUUAUGGCGAAAAAUUCGUCAAAUAUGCAAACGAUAAUUCGAAAAGACUGUCAGAAAUUCCAGCCAUGACGCCCGGCAGAAGAAUUGGAUUUUAAUGAUUUUAUCAUUUUUUUAUUUUAUUUAUACUGACUAAUAUGUGUGUUAUGUAGUGCCUUAUUUUUGGCGUAAGUAUAAGAAGGAUUAUUGAUAUGUAAAUUUAGCUUUUAAUAUGUAGUUUUUUUUUCUAAAACUUCUGAUCAAAGUGACCUGUGACGUUCGGUUUGACUGUUUAUGUUGCCAACUUAACUUCACUAAGGCCACUUUGAUCAGAAUCUUUAAUUUUAUUUAUACAAGAAUGUAUAAAAAUAUUGAUUAAAUAAUGACACAACUUGAA